UCCGGCGGCAGCAGCAGUAGACACGAGCAUUGUGUCUAUUAAUGAACAUCAACUCUGUAGUGGACAUUCAGGAGAUUUACGUUUCAUAUAAGCAGAUGUAGUCCUUUAACUUAAAGUUCACUGAAAAGUUUUACUGCAAUUUAUAAUAAACAGCGAUGAUGGACGUUAUCAAACCAGAAACUCAAAUGAAUGGAGAAUCAAAACAAGAGAAAUGUGAUGAUGCUCAGUCAACAUGUUCACAUAGUUUAUGUGGAGGAUGUGGAAGGAAAAUCCGAAGUCUGUUACCGGUGAAUUAUAAAGAAGAGAUUGUGCAUUUGCUUAAACUGGCUGGACCAGUGUUUAUAUCUCAGCUGAUGAUCUUUCUGAUCAGUUUCGUCAGUACUGUGUUCUGUGGACACUUGGGGAAAACUGAACUCGCUGGUGUUUCUCUUGCUAUUGCUGUUAUUAAUGUGACCGGGAUCUCUGUUGGUUGUGGUUUGGCGUCUGCAUGUGAUACACUCAUCUCACAGACGUUUGGCAGUAAUAAUCUGAAGCGGGUUGGUGUUAUACUACAAAGAGCGAUUCUCAUCCUCCUCUUGGCUUGUUUCCCCUGCUGGGCUCUGCUUAUAAAUACAGAGCCGAUACUACUGGCUGUCAAACAAAGUCCAAGAGUGGCCAGUUUGUCACAACUCUAUGUAAAAAUAUUUAUGCCUGCACUGCCUGCUGCCUUUAUGUACCAGGUGCAGGGCAGAUAUCUUCAAAAUCAGGGUAUUAUUUGGCCUCAGGUGAUCACUGGAGCAGCUGGGAAUGUCCUCAAUGCUUUAAUAAACUACAUCUUCCUUCAUCUGCUCGGUCUUGGUGUAGCAGGAUCUGCUGCAGCAAACACAAUAUCCCAGUAUUCAUUAGCUGUGUUUCUAUAUGUCUACAUCCGCUGGAGAGGUCUGCAUAAAGCCACGUGGGAUGGUUGGUCUCGUGACUGUCUGCAGGAAUGGGGGGCUUUCGUUCGCCUGGCGCUUCCCAGCAUGCUCAUGCUUUGUGUGGAGUGGUGGACCUAUGAGAUCGGUGGAUUCCUUUCAGGACUCAUCAGUGAGGCUGAGCUGGGAGCUCAGUCUAUUAUCUAUCAGGUGUCUACUAUUGCAUAUAUGUUUCCUCUGGGGUUUGCAGUGGCCGCCAGUGUGAGAGUUGGAAAUGCACUCGGGGCUGGAAACACAGAUCAAGCCAAACUUUCUGCCAAAGUCUCGUUGGGCUGUGGAUUACUUGUUUCCUGUGUAGUUUCAGCCAUAAUUGGAUCAUCCAAAGACAUUAUUGCAUACAUCUUCACAACAGAAGAGGACAUUGUUCAGAGAGUUUCACAGGUCAUGAUUAUCUACGGCUUCUUUCAUCUUUUUGAUGCGACUGCGGGCAUAACAGGUGGAAUUGUCAGAGGAGCAGGAAAGCAACUUAUUGGUGCUCUGUGUAACAUUGUUGGAUAUUAUUUUAUUGGAUUUCCAAUAGGAGUAACCUUGAUGUUUGCUGUCAGCAUGGGCAUUUUCGGUUUGUGGGUUGGGUUUUUUGUUUGUGUUUCCCUGCAAUCUUUGUUCUUCAUCAUCCUCAUUUGCAAACUAGACUGGAAGAAAGCAACUCAAGAUGCUUUGAUCAGAGCAGGUGUACGAGAACCUGAAACCAAAGAUGAAUCUUAUGCCAUGGAAAACAAGGGCUGCACUGAAGAUGUUUCACAUGGGGCACAGAACAUUGCUGAAGGUCAGACAGACACAGACCUGGAAGGGUUUCAUAAAGAAGGAGAAAUAGCUACGGCUGGUACAAUAGUCACGGUUGGAGAGGUCUUGACCACCAAACAGCUAGUAGUCCGUCGAGGACUUGCAGUUUUCUCUAUGCUGGCUAUACUUGCUGGAGGGAUUGUGUUGAAUGAGAUGCUCACUGGUUUUCUCAGAUCAGUAUAAAAAGACUUUAAUAAUCCUCAUGCUGAAGUAUUAAUACCAAAGAUUUUAGAGCAUUCUGUUUCAGAUUAUUUUGUGGAAAUAGAUAUUGUGGAGAUGAUGUGAAGCCAUUUUGCCAGUAUUUAUUUAGCAAUUCUGAUGUAUUAACCAAACCAAAACGCUCACUUCUGGUGUGAAAAUAGUAGUUGAUAUAGAAGCAGAAAGGGAUUUAGAUAGAAUGUAGAAAUCGCCACUGUAUGCUUAGCCAUUGUGACGGUUGAUCUAUACGCACAAUUUAACUACAGCCAUUCAGACCAACUAAGUUGAAUAUUGCAAUACUUUCUGCUUAAUUUGUCUAUGAUAUACCAUAAAAUACUAUUUUGUUUAAACAAUCUUAAUUUUUAAAUAUUUUUACCAGUCACUGUUGCAUGGUCCAGAAGAAAAAGUGCUUAAGCUUCCGAUGGCACACAUGCAAUCCAGAAGUCUUGUUAGUAGGAUUACUAUGUAGUCAUUCAUAUAGUCAUUCUCAUUGUGAACUCGACAGCAAUAAUGUGUUGCCACACAAACUGAGUUACAACACUUCUGGCUUUAUAGUUGUACUUCUAGUGGCAAAUUUCUAAUGAUGUAUUCAACGUCAUUGGGUUUCUGUUCAACUGACCAUCUACAUCUUUCUCAUUAGAAAAAAAUCAGACUAUUGUUUUUACAUUGUGAUAUAAAAAAUGUAUUUUGUGGUAUAGUCACGAAAUAUUUGAUUUAUUUAUUUGUGUUCAUGUUUACAAUUUUCCUCUUUUUUUCGUAAUAAGCACAACUUUCUUUUUGGUGUCACUCGGCACACAUUUUUAUAUAUUUUGUUUUUCGUAUCCACGAGGACGACUUUCUUUUUCGUGUUUUGGAUAGGUUUUGUUUACCAUUGCAAACAUCCUAACCCAAACACAAGAGACAAUUACUGUUACAUUUCAGAUAGCGUACCCAAACCUUACCCCGACCCCAAGUUGGUUUAAAAAUAGAAAAAAUUUGAAAGCACAAUACAUAAAAUUAAAUGAAAAAUAAAGUCAUGCUCAGGGACCUGAAAAACAAUAAAAAAAUUCAUGCUGACACGAAAAUAAAGUUUCUCUCAUUUACAAGAAGAAAAGAGGAAAAAUGUGUUCAUGAACACAGAUAAAUAAAUCUAAUAUUUUCUGACUUUACAGUACCAUGAAAUGCUGUGAGAUGUAUAUUACAGUAUGUUACAAUUUCUGAAACAAGAUACUACAAGGAACUAUCUCAUAUUUUUUUGUAGAUACGUAGAUUUUUGGUCACAUUUGCACCUGCUAAGAGUUACUUUUAAUACUGAAUGUAUGUAAAUGACAGUCAUUUACAAUCAGAGUGUUUUUUUACAGCAAAGAAUGCUGAAAAGACAAAAGUUACAGGUCAAAGAGGGGAAAGUUAGCCAUAAAUAUAUUGCAGUAUUGUAAAAUGUUCUUUGUUACACAAGAAAAUGUUAAAUAGAUGAGGCAGCAAAAUAUGUACCUGAAAGACACUAAAGUCCUGUGAAUGAUUUACAGUGAGUAUGUGUGAAAGCUCAGCUAAAGUCAUUUUUUGUGAUUGACUGUUUUUUUACAUAAAAUCAUCUUGUAAAGAUCAUUUUGUGAAAAUAUUACCUUGACAUCUUUAAUAUUGCCUGAGUAAGAUCAUGUCAAAAUUUGAAAUUAAUGUAAAAUCAUGAUCAGAUUAUGAGACUUUAGAAUGGAUUUCACAGACAAGGUCAAAUGUCAAAGUUUUCUGUAUAUAGCCUACUGUCCACAGUAAGCAAAAAACAAACAACAACAAAAAAGGCAUAUAGGAAUGUUUUACUCAAUGAAUGUGAAAAUGAACAUUAGAAAAUAAAAAAUUAUAUAUAUCUAAGCAUUUAUUAUAAGAAAAACAAACAUGUACAGUAUUGCAUUGAUAAUUUGGUAAAACUACAUUUGUGUAAGUGUGUUAUUCAAGUAUGCUGCAUGGUUGUUUGAAGGUUUUUAAUGGACAUGAAUGUCGUUUUAUGCUAUACUUUGAUAUGAUGGAAUACAUUCACACAGAAAUCUACAACCUUACAUUUCGGCACAAUAGAACCAGAUGUAUAAAAACUGCUUAAUGUAAAAUCUGUCAAGUAAUGCCACGGUCAAUGGGCACCGGAAACGGAAAAAAAAAUGUGCGUGGGUACCCACAGAAAAACACUUGAGUAGACGUCAUUUUCUUGUAUUCUGGUGCCUUUAAAUUAAACAAUUGCUUUUAUUGCCUAAUAGUUGCUGUGUGCUAUGCAGCAGGCAAACAUAGUGAAACAAGUAAGGAAUAAUUGACGACCGGCCAUUGAAUUAUAAGAAAAUAAUGCACACCCAAGGUGGUUAUACCACGGGUGUGCAUUAUUUUCGAAUAAUUCAAAGGACAGGAGUCAAUUAUUCCCUCUCUUACGGUUACCACAAUUAUUGCUCUGGUGUCUAUUUUUAAACAUUUGACAACUUACUGUAGGUGUGCGGUUUACAGAAAAAUAAUCAACACCCAUGCACAUUCCUCAACCAAUCAGAAUAAAGCAUUCAACAUCCCCGUAGUAUUAGUUUAAUUUAUAUGGACUCUAUGCACCAAGUGAAAUGGAUUUAAGUAAGCAGGAAUAUGGAAUCAAGGCUGUGGCUUGGGGUUCCCCAAAUUUUACCCUGGAGGGCCAUAGCACUACAGAGUUUAGGUCCAACCCUUAUCAAACUUAUCCGUGAUUUUUUUUAGUAAUCAUGAAGACCUUGAUUAGCUUGCAUAUUGUUUGAUCAGGGUUGGAGCUAAACUCUGUAGUGCUACGGCCCUCCAGGGUAAGAUUUGGGGAAAGCUAGCUGAAACCAAAUAGAGUUUAAUUUAUUAUGGCAUUUCUCUCUAGUGGAAUGAAUUUGACUGAUGGCGCUCUGAGAACUGAAAAGACAUAUGCGCUAAAUUAGGGAAAAUGUCAGUGUGUCCAAUAAUAUCGGUCUUAAAAUGUGUGUGGGUUUUGA